GUCCGGCAGUCCCGCAUCUCUAAUCUCCCUCCCAUCGGACCUUGGUUAGACACUUCUCCGUGCCUCCUGUGAUCUCUCGCCACCUCCGAGAGAUGGAGAGGGUCGCCACCGCCGUUGCUGGCGGCGCAAGCGUGAGUGGCGCCAGCCUGAGCAGCGCCAGCUUGAGCAGCGCCAGCGCGAGCAGCGCCAGCGCGAGCAGCGCCAGCGCGAGCAGCAGCAUGAUCGGCAGCAGCGCGGUCGGAAGUGCUGCGAUCGGCAGUGCUGCGAUCGGCAGUGCUACGAGCGGCAGCAGACUGAUCGGUGCUGUUGGCGGCGGUGCCGGCGGCAGUGCCGGUGCCACGGCCGCGCACGCCAGCGCGCGGUCUGUGCGUCAAGGUGCCGUCUACACGGGCAAGGGACUCGCUACGCUGCGGCAGAAAUCCUUUGGCGCGGGACAAGGCGGAUUCGCCUUGGGGACCGGCGCCGGGGUCACGGCAUCCCGGAUCGCCGGUUUCGGUGCCGGCAGAAGCAGCGGCGGCAUUGGCCUCUCCAGAGUCGCCGGAGGUGGCGGCAUGACCGGUCUGGGGGUCACGGGUGGCUAUGGCUUAGGGUUUGGGUCCGCCCCCCUGUUUGGGGGGUACAUCGGUGCUAUGCAUCCGGGCCAGCUGGGACCUCUGGGGUCCGGUCCGGCGGGGAUCGUGCCGGGAGGCCUGGGGAUCGGAUCGCGGGGCACAGCCUCCGUCAGCGCCCUGCACAACAUCACCGCGCCGUUCCGGUCGCGCUUAGGCAGGCCAAUCUCGGUCGGGACCUACGGCGUAAACCCCUCGUGGGGGAGCGACCAACCGGGCAGGGGGCCCGCGGGCAUCGUCCCCAUGGGGUCUACGCCCCUGGGGGGAGCCGCUCCCGUCGGGGGAGCCCCCCAUGGCUUCACCACCCUGGGGCUCCCGAACAUCGACCCCGCGUCCUUCCCGCCACUGGACAUGGUGCAAGGCCCGCGUCUCCGUGAGAAGGAGGAGCUGCAGAAGUUGAAUGACCGCUUCGCCGGCUUCGUGGACAGGGUGCGAGAUCUGGAAAAGCGCAACGCCAUCCUCAAAGCCCAGAUUACCAUGUACACCAACUCGGACCCCACGGGCCCCGCCAACACGGCCGUGGUGAUCGGGGCCAUCACCAGCUCGUACCAAGGCCAACUCGACACGCUGAUUGCCAAUAAGACGGCCCUGGUGUCAGAGAGAGACCACCUCCAGACCGCCAUCCAGGAGUACACGUUCAAGUACGAGCAGGAGAACGAGGUGACGCGCACGCUGGAGGCCGAGUGGAACACCCUGAAGGACGAGGUGGAUAAGACGUACGUGUCCAUCGUGGAGCUGCAGACGAACGUGCAGGCGGUGCAGGACCAGAUCACGCUCACCAAGAACAUCUACACGGCGAGGGUCAAGGAGGUGCAGGCGGCGCUCGCCGGAGGCUCCUCCGCCGCCGUCUCCAUCACGGUGGACAACUACGACCAGGCGCUCGACCUCUCCGCGGCGCUCAACGAGGUCCGCGCGCACUACGAGGCCCUGGCCGCCAAGAGCAAGGAGGACGCCUUCACCACCGUGGAGUCGCGGAUCCACCAGGUGGCAGGCACAACCCAGACGAGCUCCAUGGCCCUGACGCAGGCGAGGGAGGAGGUGCGCAGCCUCAAGUUGCAGACGGACACCCUCAAGCGCGAGAUUGAACGCCUGCGCGUGCAGAAUUCGGAGAUAGAGAUCCAGGUUGCGGAGGCGGAGGUGAGCAGCGAGACCCACGUGGAUCAGUACCAGGAGCGUGUGACGAGCCUGCGCACGGAGCUCGAGACCAUCAAGAAGAGAAUCGCGCAGUACUCGCAGGAAUACCAGAACCUCCUGGCCACCAAGAUGGCGCUGGACAUUGAGAUCGCGGCCUACAGGAAACUCCUGGACAGCGAGGAGGCGAGGAUCAACAGCGGUGGCGGCAUCACCGUCUCCAUGGCCUCCACCACGAAUAUGGUCCCUGGCUACGGAGCCCUGGGCCACGGGGCCUACGGGAUCCCUCUGGGGGGCGCCCCGGGGUCCUUCGGCGGGGACUUUGGCAUGAGCGGCCUGGGGGGCGGCUACAGCGGCCUAGGGGGUCCUGCUGGAGGCGUCUACUCGUCGGGGGGUCUUGGAGGGGGGUACAGCAUGGCUAGCAAGAGCUUUAAGUCAGGCGCAGCGUCCAGUGCUUAUGGUCUAGGUGGUGGGUAUGGUUUUGGUAGCAUCGGCGGCGGCGGCGGUGGCAUCGGCGGUGGCAUCGGCGGUGGCAUCGGCGUCGGUGGCUCCACUGGCAGAGCCAUUGGGCUGGGAGGUGGUUACGGUGGUGGUGGUGGCGGUGGUGGCGGUCGUGGGGGUGGAGCAAGCUUCAUCUCAUCGUCUGCUGGGACGUCCUACGGAGGAGGCAGCAACUCCAUGCUCUCCUCCACGUUCAUCUAGCGAGGGACUCCGCGCCCCCAUGCUCCUCCUGCCUCGCACCCCCAAGCUCUCGGGCUCCCAGCGCUGCCAAUACUCACGGCCCUCCUGUACCCACGUGGGCCCCCUGCUGGAACCCCCUGUGAGCCCCCCACCCGUGACAAAUAAAGACACUUGG